AUGGAGGCAGGAAUUUCGCAACAGGGAAGGAAUUCUUCCUCAGUGAGAUCAACUAUUGUUGGGACUUUUAGUCAUGAAAAGAAGAUUGUUUCUAUGCUGGUCGUCUGUGUUGUGAUCGCAGCCAACAUAGAAAAAGGAGUUGGCUGUUCCGAAGAUGAGUUCUCUUGCCUGGACGGAACUAUAUGCAUUUCAUGGUCUCGGUUUUGCGACGGAUAUCCUGAUUGCAGAGAUGGCAGUGAUGAAUUUGUUUACAGAGAUCAAAACCAAAGAGGAGGCAUCGAAUGUGAUGCAAAUGAUAAACGUGAUAGUAAUAAAAAAUGUUUACUGCCAUCUAAAUAUAUUUGUGAUGGAAGAUCUCACUGUACUGAUGGGGUGGACGAGUGUCUGUGCAAUAACACCAGGGAAAAAAAAGAAUUGUUAAACGAAAAAUGUUUUCACUGUCUCAAUCAUCCGACCAUCAUAAAGUUCGGUAAAGUGUGCGAUGGUAUUUUCCAUUGUCCCGAUUUAUCUGAUGAAUGCAUAUGUAGAAAACGAGGCCCACCACCUGAAUUAUGCAAUUACGUAGACUGGGGUCAAAACCAAUCUCCAUCGCCGCAAUGGAAAUGCAGCACAGGCGACAAUUCGCAUGAGUUUAUUACUUCAACGAAAAUUUGUAACGGAAUCGUCGACUGCAAAGAUUCGUCGGACGAAACAAAUUGUGAAAACAAUUGUUCAGGUUCAAUAAUGGCUGAUGGAGAAUUGAAAACUUGCAAGGCAGAUUAUCAGUGUCUGGGUUCAGAAGUAUUACGAGGAGUGAAGUGUGAUGGAGUCAUUGAUUGUAAAUACGCAUUGAAAGAAGAAUGUAGGGAUUGUGCAAAUAAACCAGCAUUUUGCUCUCGACUUAGAAAUUAUGGGGACAGGUAUGAAUGUAAUGACGAAAUACGGAUCGAUUCCAAUAAAAUUUGCAAUGGAGUUAAAGAUUGCUCUGAUGGGGAAGAUGAACAAAAUUGUCCAAAUAGGUUUCACUGCAAUUCAGGAUUUCCAUUGCAUGUAUUCAAUAGGACGGUGUGCAACAAACAAAAGGAUUGCGAAGAUUUAAGCGAUGAGAUGCAUUGUAGUAAUGAAACACAUUUUUACUGCAAUGAUGGAGGAGAACCAAAAUUCAUUGCAAAAAAACAGGUUUGCGAUGGAAGCGAAGACUGCACAAGCAGUCUUGAUGAAUGUCUUGACAGAUGUAUUUCUAGUGCAUUCUCCAAUGUUAAUUUAAUGAUCAGUAACGAACACUUUGUUUCAUUUACAUGGAUGAUCAGUUUGUUUGCUGUUAUUGGAAAUUUAUUCGUGUCAAGUAGAUCGAUUCGAAACAUCUUCUUUUCUAAACAACAACUUUUAAAACAUGAAUUAAUCAUUAAAUAUUUGAUAUUUAACUUAUCACUCUCGGACUUACUUGUAGGGUUAUACACAUUGGCCAUUUGUAUAAAGAAUGCAACAAUAACAAAGGAUUAUUGUAAAACGGAUAGGCAGUGGCGAAGUGGAUUCACAUGUUCCGCUCUUGGAACUUUGCUUUUGAUUGGAUCAGAAAAUUCAGUAAUUACUCUAACCAUUAUUACAGGAUUUCGAAUGAAAACUGUAUUGAGGCCUUUCGCAAAGGAAACAUCAAUGAAAAUGAUCGCAUGUCUGUUGACACUUUCAUGGGUAGUUUCCAUUGUGUUGGGACUUAUCCCAUUCUUCAAUCAGGACUUUUUCAUCGACAGCAUUUGGUACGACAGACAUCCAUUGUAUUCAACUAUUAAUAAAAAGGAUGUUGUAAAUCUGUCUCGUUCACUUCUAACGAAACAGAGAUUCGAAGAUGAUCCUGCUAUAGAAGAAAAACUUGGAACAUGGUCGUUGCUAGAAUCUCUAAUCAGCGAUUUAAAUUCGACGUACAAGGUCGAACGUAGGUUUGGAUAUUACUCCACACACGGAGUUUGCCUUCCCACUUUGUUCCCGAACCCUAAUACUGAUACUGCUUGGUUGUAUUCGCUGUUCAUCCUUCUCGUAAACUUCCUGGCAUUCAUCUUCAUUUUUAUCGGCUACGUCAAGAUAUACAGGAAAACUCGAGAAAAGAAUGCUGCAGUCAGCGACAAACUAAGGGCAGAACUGGCAAGAAAGAUGCAAACAAAAAUUACCCGGAUUAUUAUCACUGAUUUUCUCUGCUGGAUGCCUGUCUGCAUAAUGGGCUUUUUACAAGUUUCUGGCAUCAACAUACCAUAUGAUGCAUACGUCCCUGUAGGAUUGAUUAUUAUUCCGAUCAACAGCGCCCUCAAUCCUUUCUUAUAUUCUGAUGUCCCUGAUUACGUUUGGAAGAAACUGAGCCCCAUCAGAUCAUGGAUUUACAAAAAUAUCAUGGGACGAUGUGUUCGUAAUAACUUUGAUGAGAAGAAACCAAGUAGGAAUAGAAGAAAUGUUCAGAGUGGUUCCAAGUCGACAGAGGUAUAGUUCAACAACUCAAUUACAAAGAGUCGAAGAAAUUCAAACCUCAACCCAACGCGAAACCACAGUUUAAAAGGAUUGACAACAAACUUACGUUCUUUCCGUCAGAUAACGG